CCGGGUCCCUCUCCGAGAGCCGGGCGGGUACGCGUCAUUGUAUUACCUGCCGUCGGCCCGCGAACUGGGCUCGGGGUUUUAUUUUUUUCCCUCCCCUCCCUCCCCCCUUUCCGUGCAGCUGAUCUGAAAGGGAAUAAAAGGCUGCGCAUAAUCGUAAUAAUAAAAGGGGAGCGCGAGUAGAGGGAAAGAAAGCCAGGAGGUGGAAGAGGAGGGAGAGCGCCUCAAAGAAGCGAUCGGAAUAAUAAAAGGAGGCCGGGCUCUCUGCCUUCUGGAACCCGCCGCUCUUGAAAGGGCUUUUGAAAAGUGGUGUUGUUUUCCAGUCGUGCAUGCUCCAAUCGGUGGAGUAUAUUAGAGCCGGGACGCGGCGGCCGCAGGGACAGCGGCGACGGCAGCACCGGCGGGAACACCAGCGGGAGCAACAGCAGCGGCGGCGCCGGCGUUCCGAGUGCCCGCGGCGCGCGGCGCAGCGAUGCGGUCCCCACGGACGCGCGGCCGGCCUGGGCGCCCCCUGAGGCUCCUGCUCACCCUGCUCUGCACCCUGCGAGCCAAGGUGUGCGGGGCCUCGGGUCAGUUCGAGUUGGAGAUCCUGUCCAUGCAGAACGUGAACGGGGAGCUGCAGAACGGGAAUUGCUGCAGCGGCGCCCGCAACCCAGGGGACCGCAAGUGCGUCCGCGGAGAGUGUGACACGUACUUCAAAGUAUGCCUCAAGGAGUACCAGUCUCGCGUCACGGCCGGGGGACCCUGCAGCUUCGGCUCGGGGUCCACGCCUGUCAUAGGGGGCAACACCUUCAACUUCAAGGCCAGCCGCGGUAACGACCGCAACCGCAUCGUGCUGCCUUUCAGUUUCUCCUGGCCGAGGGCCUACACUUUGUUUGUGGAGGCGUGGGACUCCAGUAACGACACUGCUCAACCCGACAGGAUUAUCGAGAAGGCCUCUCACUCGGGGAUGAUCAACCCCAGCCAGCAGUGGCAGACACUGAAGCAUAUCACGGGGAUCGCCCACUUUGAGUAUCAGAUCCGAGUGAUCUGUGAUGACCACUACUAUGGCUUUGGCUGCAAUAAGUUCUGUCGACCCAGAGAUGACUUCUUUGGUCAUUACACCUGUGACCAGAAUGGCAACAAGACCUGCAUAGAAGGCUGGAUGGACCCCGAAUGUAACAGAGCUAUUUGCCGACAGGGCUGUAGUCUCAAGCAUGGGUCUUGCAAGCUCCCAGGUGACUGCAGGUGCCACUACGGCUGGCAGGGUCUGUACUGUGACAAGUGCAUCCCGCACCCGGGCUGCGUCCACGGCACCUGUUACGAGCCAUGGCAGUGCCUCUGCGAGACUAACUGGGGAGGCCAGCUGUGUGACAAAGAUCUCAACUACUGCGGGACCCACCAGCCGUGCCGCAAUGGGGGCUCGUGUAGCAACACGGGUCCUGACAAGUACCAGUGCGCCUGCCCCGACGGAUAUUCAGGAACCAGCUGUGAGAUUGCUGAGCACGCUUGCCUCUCCGAUCCCUGCCACAACAGAGGGAGCUGCAAGGAGACCUCCCUGGGCUUUGAGUGCGAGUGUUCUCCUGGCUGGUCCGGCCCCACGUGUUCCACGAACAUCGAUGACUGUACUCCAAACAACUGUUCCCAUGGGGGGACCUGCGAGGACUUGGUUAAUGGAUUUAAGUGUGUCUGCCCUCCCCAGUGGACUGGCAGAACGUGCCUGCUAGAUGCAGAUGAAUGCGAGGCCAAACCUUGUGUAAAUGCCAAGUUCUGCAAGAAUCUGAUUGGGAGCUACUACUGUGCUUGCCUUCCGGGCUGGACGGGUCAAAAUUGUGACAUAAACAUUAAUGACUGCCUUGGCCAGUGUCAGAACGAGGCCUCCUGUCAGGAUUUGGUUAAUGGUUAUCGCUGUAUCUGUGCACCUGGCUACGCAGGUGAACAUUGUGAGAAGGAUGUGGACGAAUGUGCCAGCAAUCCCUGUUUGAACGGGGGUCACUGUCAGGAUGAGAUCAACAGAUUCCAGUGUCUGUGUCCCACUGGUUUCUCCGGAAACCUCUGUCAGUUGGACAUAGAUUAUUGCGAGCCCAAUCCCUGCCAGAACGGUGCCCAGUGCUACAACCGUGCCAGUGACUAUUUUUGCAAGUGUCCUGAAGACUACGAGGGCAAGAACUGCUCGCACCUGAAAGACCACUGCCGCACGAGCCCCUGUGAAGUGAUCGACAGCUGCACAGUGGCCAUGGCCUCCAAUGACACGCCCGAAGGGGUGCGGUAUAUCUCCUCGAACGUCUGUGGUCCCCACGGGAAGUGCAAGAGUCAGCCGGGAGGCAAAUUCACCUGCGACUGUAACAAAGGCUUCACCGGAACGUACUGCCACGAGAAUAUUAACGACUGUGAGAGCAACCCCUGUAGAAAUGGUGGCACUUGUAUUGACGGUGUCAACUCCUACAAGUGUAUCUGCAGCGACGGCUGGGAGGGCACCUUCUGUGAAACCAAUAUUAAUGACUGCAGCCACAACCCCUGUCACAAUGGAGGCACGUGUCGUGACCUGGUCAACGACUUCUACUGUGACUGUAAAAACGGGUGGAAAGGGAAGACCUGCCACUCGCGUGACAGCCAGUGUGAUGAAGCCACAUGCAACAAUGGUGGCACCUGCUAUGACGAAGGGGAUGCUUUUAAAUGCAUGUGUCCUGGAGGCUGGGAAGGAACUACUUGUAACAUAGCCCGGAACAGUAGCUGCCUGCCCAACCCCUGCCACAACGGGGGCACCUGUGUGGUCAACGGCGAGUCCUUCACGUGUGUGUGCAAAGAAGGCUGGGAAGGGCCCGUCUGCACACAGAAUACCAAUGAUUGCAGUCCUCAUCCGUGCUACAACAGCGGAACGUGCGUGGACGGGGACAACUGGUACCGCUGCGAGUGUGCCCCGGGCUUUGCCGGGCCAGACUGCAGAAUCAACAUCAACGAAUGCCAGUCUUCGCCUUGUGCCUUCGGGGCCACCUGUGUAGAUGAGAUCAACGGCUACCGAUGUGUUUGCCCCCCGGGGUACAGCGGUGCCAAGUGCCAAGAAGUUUCAGGGAGACCUUGCAUCACCAUGGGGACCGUGAUUCCAGACGGGGCCAAGUGGGACGACGACUGCAAUGCCUGCCAGUGCCUGAACGGGAGGGUCGCCUGCUCGAAGGUGUGGUGCGGUCCUCGAUCCUGUGUGCUCCACAAAGGGCACAGCGAGUGUCCCAGUGGGCAGAGCUGCCUCCCCAUCCUGGACGACCAGUGCUUCAUCCACCCCUGCACGGGCGUGGGCGAGUGUCGCUCUUCGAGCCUGCAGCCGGUGAAGACCAAGUGCACCUCUGACCCCUACUACCAGGACAACUGUGCGAACAUCACCUUCACCUUCAACAAGGAGAUGAUGUCACCGGGUCUUACCACCGAGCACAUUUGCAGUGAAUUGAGGAAUCUGAAUAUUUUGAAGAACGUUUCUGCUGAAUAUUCCAUCUACAUAGCUUGUGAGCCUUCCCCUUCAGCGAACAAUGAAAUCCAUGUGGCUAUUUCUGCUGAAGACAUACGGGAUGAUGGCAAUCCUAUCAAGGAAAUCACCGACAAAAUAAUAGAUCUUGUUAGUAAACGUGAUGGAAACAGUUCACUGAUCGCCGCUGUUGCGGAAGUUAGAGUUCAAAGGCGCCCUGUGAAGAGCAAAACGGAUUUCCUGGUUCCCUUGCUGAGCUCUGUCUUAACUGUGGCUUGGAUCUGUUGCCUGGUGACGGCCUUCUACUGGUGCGUGCGGAAACGGCGGAAGCCAAGCAGCCACGCUCACUCGGCCUCUGAGGACAAUACCACAAACAACGUGCGGGAACAGCUGAACCAGAUCAAAAACCCCAUUGAGAAGCAUGGGGCCAGCGCCAUCCCCGCCAAGGAUUAUGAGAACAAAAACUCCAAAAUGUCUAAAAUAAGGACACACAACUCCGAGGUGGAAGAGGACGACAUGGACAAGCACCAGCAGAAAGCCCGGUUUGCCAAGCAGCCGGUGUACACACUGGUAGACAGAGAGGAGAAGCCGCCCAACGGCACACCGACCAAACACCCAAACUGGACAAACAAACAGGACAACAGGAACCUGGAAAGCGCCCAGAGCUUAAACCGGAUGGAGUACAUCGUAUAGCAGCCAGCGGGCGCCAUGGUGUGCACGGUCCCCGCAGGUAGCGUCUUCCAGGCACUCGGGGCUCGUAGUUCUCUAAACCGUCGUGUCAUGUUUGAGUCUGAGGCUGUUGUUGACUUAGAAUCCCUGUGUUAAUUUAAGUUUUGACAAGCUGGCUUACACUGGCAAUGGUAGUUUCUGUGGUUGGCUGGAAAACCAAGUGCUGCAGAUCCCAGCUCUGCAAAGCGAGGCGAAAGUGCCCUCAUGCGCGGCCCAUGCUCGCCAGGAGACUGCCUCGCCCUUAGUCGCUGAGCGUCCACUUUUGCCAGAUGUCGCAAUGGUGAUGCAGUCUUAGAAUAAUUUUAUUUAUAUUUAUUGACUCUUGAGUUGUUUUUGUAUAUUGGUUUUAUGAUGACGUACAAGUAGUUCUGUAUUUGAAAGUGCCUUUGCAGCUCAGAACCACAGCAACUAUCACAAAUGAGUUUAUUAUUUAUUUUUUUUAUUGUAUUUUUUGUCUUUGGGGGAGGGAGGGACUUUGUCAGCAGUUGCUGGUAAAAUGAAGAAUUUAAAGAGGAAAAAAAGUGUCAAAAGUAGAAUUUUUGUAUAGUUAUGUAAAUCUUUUUUUAUUAAUCACUGUGUAUAUUUGAUUUAUUAACUUAAUAAUCAAGAGCCUUAAAACAUCAUUCCUUUUUAUUUAUAUGUAUGUUUAGAGUUGAAGGUUUCUGAUAGCAUUGUAAGCG